CUAACCACACCCCCCGCCUUCACCAAAUUAUCCACCAAUGUGACUCGCCGCUGGAUGACUGUGUGAUAAACAGAACCGUUAGUGUGUUCAUUUUCAUACGUUUCUUAUUUCUCCUUUAACGGCUGGAGAAGAAAAUCGUUUUCCUUAAGAAGUAUGGCCACAGUCAAAAAGGACGACCGUCUGACAAGUUCUCAAAGUCUACUGUGCGUCGGUUUUGCCGGGGUUUUUAGCAAAACUGUAACGUCACCUCUGGAAGUCGUGAAGAUUUUGAGUCAAAUAGGAACAUUUCACUGUAAACGCGGCUUCAUGCACAGCUUUGUUUUUAUUUGUCAGAAUGAGGGACUUCGAGCAUUUUGGAAGGGUAAUAUGGUUUCCUGUCUACGGUUGUUCCCCUACAGUGCCAUACAUUUAGCAACUUACAAAAAUAUUGUCCACCUUCACAUUGAUGAACAGGGUGAUAUCUCGCAAUGGAGAGCCAUAGUUGCCGGUGGGCUGGCAGGCAUAUCUGCCGCUCUAGCAACAUAUCCACUGGAGGUGGUUGAAACCAGACUUAUUGCUCAGAAUUGCCAAGAACCAAUGUACAGAGGGUUGCUGCAUUCUCUCUCCAUCAUCUACAGAAAUGAAGGACUUCAGGCUCUCUACAGAGGCUUUUCACUCACAGUGUUAGGGGCCGUUCCCUUCUCUGUUGGCUGCUAUGCGGUGUAUGUCAAUUUGGAUAAGAUGUGGCAGGAGCGUCAUGUUCGCUUCACGUCUUUGCAGAACUUCAUCAAUGGCUGUCUUGCAGCAGGAGUCGCUCAGACUCUCUCCUUCCCCUUUGAAACUGUUAAAAAGAGGAUGCAGGCCCAGAGUCUUCUUUUGCCCCAUUGUGGAGGAGUUGAUGUCCAUUUUAAUGGAAUGAUAGACUGCUUCAGACAGGUCAUCAAGAACAAGAGCGUCAUGGCUCUUUGGAGUGGCCUUACAGCCAACAUGGUGAAGAUUGUCCCAUAUUUCGGCCUGCUUUUCAGUUGCUUUGAGAUGUGUAAGCAAGUCUGCCUUUACCGGAAUGGCUACAUAGUUUCUCCACUAAGCUACAAGCUUAAACCAGGCGUGGACCAGAGCCUGGGCCCAUAUGAACUACAGGAGUUUAAGCGCUACCCGAGAAACAGAAAAUCACACAAUGCACAGAGUUCAUCCAUAGGAAACCGCUGGUAACUAAUCCAACAGGAGUUAUCAGUAAUAAACAAAACUCUUGAGAAGGGCAUUGAUUUAAUUUUAAUUUCAUUUAUUUAUAUAGAUAAUGAGUAUAAGGUGUUUGUACUGCUGGAAGGCACAAUGUAUUAUUCACAGAUGUACCUUUUAGUGUAUUUAAAUUCCAAUAGGCAUUUUAAGGAUUGCAUAUGCAUACUUUAAGCAAGUCCAUUACGUACAUUCUACAGUACCUCAAACACAUCAGACUCGCCCUUAAAUGAAAGUUGUGCACCUAAGAGGCGUUAUUAAAGGUGCCCUUUCAUUUCAACAUUAUGACAUUUAUUGCUUUUAGCUUUACACUCCACUGAAAAAGAGUAUUUUUAUGAACUGCGGAAAUGUAAAACAUUUGUUUUAAUCACUUCUCAGGAAAUAUGUUGAACAUCAUUUCAGCAGUAUAGAGAAAUGCCUUUUUUUAAACAAAGUAUUAAGUCUUUUACUGAAUUUUAACUCAUGGGCCUUUUAAAAAGGUCUUCUGUUAUUUAUAAAUAUGCAAUUUAUAUAUAAUAUGCAAUUUAGGUCAUAUUGUGGUGCAAUUUUUGCGAUUUUGAAUCUGCAUUGUAAUGAUAUAUAUAUAUAUAUAUAUCUCCUGCUGAUCUGGAUACGUGGUAACUCAGUCACCGUCUUCGAUUUAGCUGUGAAAAGGACUAGAUUUGUUAAAGAUUAAAUCUUUAAGCACAUUGUAACAAAUUAAGAAGUAUAAGCAAUAAACGUAUCUUAGUCCUUAUUGUCAACUUAUUGUGUUAUUCAUCAUAUCUUAUUAUCCGUUCAUUGUUAUAUAAUACAAACAAAAUUGAAUUGCAUUUGUAGAGAUGGUAGUGAUGCAGGCAGUAUUGAUUUUUUUUUAAUUGCCUUGUGUAGUCACAUGUUCCCAAAUCACUUGCUUUGCCUCAGUCAAAAGUCAUGUGAAGGACUUUGUACUGACAUAUUGGCCCUUUUUCUCUUACACAUAUGCCCUUGGAGAUCAUUAACUAAAGACAGUCCGCGAUCAAGCUAGUGACA